GCACUGCUGCCCCUGCUGCUGCAUCACCAUGGGCUCCCAUAGCUCAAGCCUGGAUGACAUUCUGGAGGAGGACAUGCACCACUGGUACACCAAGUUCAUGAGGGAGUCUCCGUCCGGCCUCAUCACACUGUUUGAGCUCAAAUCCAUGCUGGAAAUGACCGGGAUGAGCGAGGAGGCCAGUGGCUAUGUGGACCAGGUCUUCUUCACAUUUGACAUGGACGGGGAUGGGUAUAUAGACUUUGUGGAAUACAUUGCAGCCAUAAGCUUACUACUCAAAGGAGAAAUUAACCAAAAACUCAAAUGGUACUUCAAGCUCUUUGACCAAGACGGAAACGGCAAAAUCGACAGGGAUGAAAUGGAGACAAUAUUUAAGGCGAUUCAAGACAUCACUAGGAUUUAUGACAUUCCUCCAGAAGAGAUUGUGAAUCUAAUAUACGAGAGGAUCGACGUGCAUGGAGAAGGUGAGUUGACCCUGGAGGAGUUCAUCAGCGGGGCCCGGGAGCACCCUGACAUCAUGGACAUGCUCUCCAAAAUGAUGGACCUCACCCACGUUCUGGAGAUCAUCCUGAAAGGACAGAAGAGGAAGGCCGUCAACUGAGCACAGCCACACAGAAGGACUUUGUACACUACCCCAA